GCUCAAACCCACUAUCCCACUCGACUGGGGCUGCUGGCGCUACCGCCAUCCCCGUGUUUCUGUUGCCAUGGUGAUCAAGACCGAUCAGUGCAGCUACACUGAGUACCGCAUCUACCCCGGCCACGGGCAGAAGUUCGUGGCCAAGGAUGCCAAGGUGAGCUUUUUCAUCAAUGCCAAGGCUGACAGCCUCUUCCAUCAGCGAAUCAAGCCUGUGAAGCUCCGCUGGACGCAGGCUUGGCGCCGAAUGAACAAGAAGGGCAAGGUUGAUGAAGGUAGCAAGAAGAAGGCCAGGAAAGCCCAAAAGUUUCAGAAGGCAAUCGUCGGGAUGUCCUUGGAUGAUAUCAAGAAGAAAAAGGCGCAAAGACCGGAGCUUCGCGCCCAGCGCGAGAAGGAGGCAAAGGAGGCGAAGGCCAAGGCGGCCUCUCAAAAGAAGACCGCGGCAAAGCCUGCCGUGCCGAAGACCAAGGCGAAAGCAGACAAAGGCCCAAAGGUGCCCAAGGGUGGAGGAGCUGGAGGUGGUGCCAAGAACUUCAAGGGCAAGAAGUAG